UUAGUUAACAUUUAUUUUAGUAUCAAAACAAAAAGUUAUUUUCAUCAAAAUCAUGUUUAACUUUUAAAAAAUAUUGAAAAAUGGAGUUAAUAUUCCUUUCGUUAAACUUAUUACUUCAUAUUAGUUCCUCAUGUUCAUUUACCGUGUAUACCGUACAAACUUUCUGCCGAGAUUACCUAGAUUUUUCGAUUCAAUCUCUUUUAGUUCAAGACUACAAUCAAUUGGCUCAGUAUUACCAAACCACUAAAUUCACAAUACCAAAAUGGACCAAUGAUGGAACCUAUGCAACGAUAACUUCAGAUAAAAUCGUCACAAAAGCUAGUAAGGAAGAAGGAGCUUUUUGUCGACGUAGUUUUGACAAUGAAAGUGGUUAUUGUCUCGUGGCCUAUCAAUGCCUUCAUGUUAUAAGGGAAUAUCGUUUACAUGGGACAAAAAUUGAUAUUUGUACAUAUCGGAAGAAUAUUCCCAUUAUUUGUUGUCCUUUGGCUGCUAAGGAUAUUGAGGAUCCCAAUACAAGGAGAAUUAGUGCUCGAAAAUGUGAGGAAUAUCAUGAGUCUGCUAAGGGUACAAAGUUUGGGAUAAUAAGACAAUUUUCGGGAAAGUUCUGUGAGCAAAGCAUUCCAAUGAUUGUUGGUGGAAAAGUUACUCAAAAUGGUGAAUAUCCACACAUGGCUGCCCUUGGUUGGUCCCAGGAAAACGGAGAUCCCAAAUGGGCAUGUGGAGGAUCCCUAAUUAGCGAUCAAUAUAUCCUCACAGCAGCACAUUGUACUGAAUCAGGUGGAAAACCGCCCGAUAUUGUUCGACUUGGUGCUCAUAAGCUCAACAAUCCCAACAACGCUCAAACUGAAGAUAUAAAAAUAACCAUUAUCAUACUACAUCCCAAGUACAGGGCUUCAUUGUACUACCAUGACAUAGCUCUCAUAAAAUUGGAACGACCAGUAGUUUUCAGUGAUAAGAUUCAACCAGCUUGCUUAUGGCAACUUCCAACUCUGGAUAUUCCCCGAUCAGUGGCAGCCGGAUGGGGUCGUACAGAAUUCAUGGGAUCUAAAUCUGAUGAUCUGCAAAAAGUUGAUUUGAAUAUAAUCGAUCAGAAAGUUUGCCGUGAAAUUUACAAUACCGAAAGAAGACUUCCGAAGGGAUUAAUGGAUGGACAAUUUUGUGCCGGUUAUAUGGAGGGUGGGAAGGACACUUGUCAGGGUGAUUCCGGAGGACCACUGCACGCAGAAGUGCCAGAAUUUAAUUGUGUGAAAUUUGUAAUUGGCAUAACAUCGUUUGGCAAAUUUUGCGCUGCACCAAAUGCCCCUGGGGUUUAUACAAAAAUCUAUGCAUAUUUGGAUUGGAUAGAGAAAAUAGUAUUUAAACAUAAUUAAAUUUAAAACGGAUGAU